GCGCUCGGACAAAUGGCUUCCAUGUGGCAAGAUGGUCUUCUCCUACGCAGGCCUGUGUGUCAGUGAGAUGAGGAUUACGUUGGGACACAUCAUGGCCUGUCGAUGGUGAAACGGCCAAACUGGAUUUCUAGGUGACAGGCCCUUCCUCCGUCAGGGACCAACGUCAGCCAGCAGUCAAAGAAGGUCCACGCAAUGUGGUCCCCAUAUAUGUGCCGGUAUUAUUUUCCUGUUAUCUUUUCUGGGUCGGGUUCACAUGCCAGACUCAGAGGGAACAAUGGCCUUGACUGGGGAUCAGCUCGGGGACUUCUUUCUAAAAUUAACGCCAAUUUAAAUUACACUUCGGCAUGCGGGCCUGCUGUCUGCAGUGUGCUGCUAGUCGACUGCUCUUGCGUUCUAUCAAUCGCUCCAUCGACCUUGUUAGAUCCGCUUAGUGCUCCUGUGCCAGGCAUUUUAGCGUCCGCGACUUUCCUCCAAAUGGGAAAAGAAAGUCAAGAGGCUACCGUCCGCCUGGGACCUGCACAAAAAGGAGGGAGGAGGGGGGAGGGGCCCAUGCAGGAGCAGUAAGAUUGCUCACUGAGAUGAUCCUGCAUCCUGCAGUCGGAGUCAAGCCCGUAUUCCGUCGGGCUAACUAAAGGCAGACAUCAAUCUACUCGGGAUGAAAUGAAUGGUUUCUGGCAUGAGUGGUCGAUGU